AUGAGCUCAUUGAACAACAAGAACGACCGCAUUGACGAUUUGACAGCAUUGUUUUUGCCAGACACCCUCCAGACAUUACAGAAUACACCAGUACCCCAUUCCGACCAGCUCGGGAGUUCAAAGCAGUCGAAUGGAGACUUUAUGCUACCCAAAGACAACAAUAACGGUAUCACCAAUAAUGGUGCACUGACAAACUUGGAGGAAGACGCAAACAGGGGAAAUGGAGCAAAUAUGGACCUUUCUACCUCGACGAGCUAUCAAGACUUUUUGAACAGCAAUAAUUUCAUCAACAGACCAACAACAGAUAUUGAAAAUGAGCAACUACCAUAUUCACACUCAAGCAGCAGCCACUAUGCACCAUACUUGCCUUACGAAACAAGUGCAAACAACAUACAGCACUAUUCAAACUUUCAUAAUCCACUAUUCCAGCAAUAUUUUCCCCAACAAACUUUUCAACCACAAUUAAUGCAGCAACUGCAACUGCAACCGCAACUGCUGCAGCAAGUAGUACCGCUCCCAAUACAACAACAACAACAACAACAACAACAACUGCUACAGCAACCUCUGCAAUACAUGGGUGAAGUGCCACUUCUGCAGUUUCAAUCUCCACAAGGAUUCUCGGGCCUUCUGCAUACAAAUAGUAGCAGUUACUUGCGAGGGUUUGGCGAGUACGGCGAGUGGAUUAAUAACGGGUAUACCAAUAAUCAAACACCUCAGCUACAGCUACUGCAACAGCAACAGCAGCAACAACUAUUACUACAGCAACAACAACAACUGCUACAACAACAACAGCAACGGCCGAUUGAAUCUGCUGGAGAACUGUACCAAUCCACUAGUACCCCCAAUAGUCCAAAAAAGAAGAAAAUAAAGCACCGCAAACGCGAUACUAGACAACCUUUUGAUUUCCAUAUUGACUAUACUCCAGCAAACAUCCGCAGAUUAUUAGACUUUCAACAAUCUGGUGCUACGAGUAUCAAUGAUUACAAGAUUAUCGAUAAUAACAACAAUGAAAUCGCUGUUGAUUUUUGUGGCUUCUUAAAUGGCCGGUUCUUUACCAAUGACACUGAUAACAACAACUAUAUCUUCACAAAAAACGAAUUGCAAAGAACAACUGGAGCUUUAACAAAAGAACAGAGCUCCAAUAUUCCAACUACAGAAAACCCCAAAGUUGUCUCGUGCUAUAGAAGAAACUAUAUCCAGAUAUUGAUGAAUAUGAACCUUGCAGGGUUGAAGAAGGGGUUCAAGUUGUUGAAAUUACAAACAAGUGAAUAUGGUUACACUACAACGCGGGUAAUCAAAUAUUUCAAGAUUGAAAUCCAUGCAGUAACAAACAUGUCCAACUCCAAGAAUGUGCCUAUAAUUAUCCGCAAUGACAUUAAAGAUUUAGAAAGAGAACGUGAAAAGGAAAAGAGAGUUGCUUCGAAUUACCAAAUGGAAACUAAGGAUGAUAUUGUACAGCCAAAUGUUGUAUCAGCACAGGAGCACGUGGUUGUACUAAACGAAGUGGUUCCAACGUAUUCGGAUGAUGUAGCAGAUAAGUUUUUUGUGGUAAAGAAGCUACAAUUCAAGAAUGCUACACCGAAUAAUGGUAAUUUGACUUUUCAAAACUACUACCAUUUGAAACUAAAAUUAAGCUGCAUUGUUGCUGACAUUUAUUAUGAUGAUUAUGUUGAUGAAAUGGAGGUUGCCACUGAUUUGAACAAGGGAGCUAACAAUGAAUUUUUAUUAGCCGAAUUGGUGAGCGAGCCCAUUAUUGUUCGUGGAAGAAACCCUAGUUUCUAUGCUGAGCGAAAGGAUAUUUUGAUCAAGUGUCGUAAACCAAAUUCACGCAAGAGUUUCAAGAUGGCAUCGCAAGGAGCAGAGAGGGAUGGAGGUGGCCAACAAGAUGAUCUUGAUGAUGGCUUGGACCACGGUGGUGAUAAUAUGGAGGACGAUUCUCAUACCGACGAUGGUGAAGGCGGUGAAGGUUUUGGUGGUGGCAGUGUUGGUGGUGGAAGAAGUCAUGGAACGCGUGAUUUUGCAGAUGAAGAUGAUGGCGAUGCUGAUGCUGAAGAUAAUCUGCAAAAGCGUGGGGACUUUGCCUAUGGAAUGAGGUAUACUAAUCAAGCACAUGAAGGUGGCGAACUACAACAACAUCGACACCAACCUAUAACUGUAAAUGGACAGGAAUCACCCUUGGAUGAAGCUAAGAAGAAGCAACAAAAUGAGCAAUCACAAUCACAAUCACAAAACCAGCUCAUGUCAAGCUACUCUACAUCUUCGCUUGAUCUAGAAUCAAUGGGUAAAUACAAGUAUUUUCCAAUUUCAAGUCAUUACUAUUUACCACCAGUCAAUGUUGUUUGGUUUCCUCAUAGAGCACACCACCCAAUAGAUAAAGAGGAAGGAGAGAGUGGUUCAAGCAUGGAACCCAAGAUUGAGAGAAAGAGCUCCAACGUUUAUUUCAAAUAA